AAAUAGGCACAUAGACGUUAAAGUGUUGUACUAUUUUUUGCUGCAAGACCUUCACUAUGCCUAUUACAUUCGAGCUUUGUCCAGGAAGAAUGAUCGGGGGGAACAACCCCUGUUUCAUAAUUGCAGAAAUCGGACAAAAUCAUCAAGGAGAUGUUGAAAUCGCAAAGAAAAUGAUCAAACUUUCUAAGGAAGCUGGGGCAGACUGUGCCAAGUUUCAAAAGAGUGAACUUGAAUUUAAGUUCAACAAACGUGCCCUGGAGCGCCCUUACGACUCUAAACACUCUUGGGGAAAGACGUAUGGGGAACACAAGCGUCAUCUGGAGUUCAGUCAUGAACAAUAUAGAGAGCUGCAGAAGUAUGCCAAGGAAGUUGGCAUCUUCUUCACUGCAUCAGGCAUGGAUGAGAUGGCUGUACAAUUCCUCCAUGAUUUGGAUGUUCCGUUCAUUAAAGUUGCAUCUUUAGAUACCAAUAACUUCCCCUACCUUGAAAAGACAGCAAAACACGGAAGACCGAUGGUGGUGUCCAGCGGAAUGCAGUCCAUGGAGACCAUGCGGCGUGUAUACCAAACGGUGAAGAAGCACAACCAAAACUUUUGCAUUCUACAGUGCACCAGCGCCUAUCCCGUCAAGGCUGAAGAUGUUAACCUUCGGGUCAUCACUGAGUAUCAGAAGGAGUUCCCCGACAUUCCCAUCGGAUACUCAGGCCAUGAGACGGGAAUCUGCAUUAGUGUGGGGGCAGUAGCACUCGGUGCGAAGGUGGUCGAACGCCAUGUGACCCUCGACAAGACCUGGAAAGGCAACGACCAUGAAGCUUCUCUGGACUUCAGCGAGCUGGCUGAGCUUGUGCGCUCCAUCCGCACUGUGGAGCAGGCUAUGGGCACAGGCGCUAAAACCAUGCUUCCCUGUGAGGUGCAAUGCUACGAUAAGUUGGGGAAGUGUAUUGUGGCAAAGACUGCCAUUCCAAAGAACACGAUCCUGACCCUAGACAUGAUGAGUGUGAAAGCGGGGUAUCCAAAAGGUAUUCCAGCAGAAGACCUCUUUGAGCUGGUGGGCAAGAAGAUUACAGCUGAUGUUGGAGAGGACGAGAGCAUCACCCAGGAUAUGGUUGACAAAUAUGUCAAAAAGGCCAAAUUCUAAGAGAAGGCCAUUAGAUUUUGGCUUUCUUGUAAGAUUAUUUGACUUAAAAAACGUCAAAAUCCUCUUACAUUGAGACGUAAAAAAGGAGAAAAAAACAAGUUAGUCUCUGCCAAUGGAACAAGAAAGUUUUCCCAAUUUAACAUUUAAGGUCUGUCUUAAAUCUUAAAUCUCAUCUGUCUUAAAUCUUAAAUCUCAUUUUAUAUUAAAUUAUGUCUUCAUUGAAGAGAAUUUUUACUUUAAUAUAACUUUAACGUCAUGCGAUAAUUCACAGUGACUCAUUGUGUAUGUGUGUAAACUAGUACGCUGAUGUGUUGUGGGAUAAGAGUUUAUGCUACGGGAUGCCACCCAGGUUGUGGGGUAGCCACUGGGGUUUUAAGUGGGCCAUUCAAAUGUGUGGAUGUUCUCUGUACAUUCUGAUCAAUAAACUACUUUAUUGCUUUGUCACA